AUGCUGGAAGACGUUGAGCUAUCUCACGCGCCAUCUCCGGGCUCAUUCAGCCCUGCUGUCGAACAUUCGCGCCGUCAGUUCAUCGAGGCACAUUUUGACUUCCACUACGUGUGGAGUUCUUCGAAAUGGAAGGCCCAUCGCGCAGCCGCUGGAGAGACUGUGUCUUCCAUGCUGCACAACACCCUGAAAGCUCGCCAAGUUGGCGAUGUCUUUUUUAGGUACGAGGCUGAUCAUAUCGCGUGGUCAACCUACGUGGAGGAAUUAAACUCCCGUCCUGGUCGGCAAGUUCCGCACCACUGGCCUUGGGCCUUUGUUACAGACCCCUACGAUACCAAACACGGUAUCUCGAUGGAGUACAGGGCCUGGCGAUUGGCCAAAGGUUAUCCAACCGAGCCGAACCAUGUUCCCCAGAAUCGGGCUCCUAGCAGUUUGGCUUCUGUCCAGGGUGUUGGUGAGUCUUGCCGGGCGCCAAUGAAUCCGGGAGCAGAGGUCUCACAGCCUGCCGUGCCCGCCCCCCAUAGUGGAAGGGUCACUGGCAUGAUCAACGGACCUCAGGACCUCGGUCGUUUUGGUCAAUCAUUUAUAAAUACCUCUGCGGAUCAAGCGGUCUCAUUUCGAAUGGGCUCUGUCAGGCGUGACCAGCAGGCCUUGUUGAACCGCAAAUCAACAAUGAGGAGGACGACCUCCAAUCUGGAGCCCCUCAUCGAUAGGAUCCCAAAGGUCCAAGAAAAGCGCUGUGCCAACUGUGGAUUGGAUACACACUCCAUGUAUGACUGUCUUUUUGCCCCCGAGGGCCUUAUCUUUGGUUGCACAUUUUGCAACACCAGAGAUCAUGCUGUCGACAACUGUAUAAAGUUUGAACAGAUGUCUCUGGAGGAAAAGACUGAAUACCUUGUCCAUUCACGAGGCAGGCGACCUGGCCUGAAAACCACCAAGCCAUGGGGUGUUUACCUCAGAGACUACUUGACUGCCAAUGGCGACAAAGCAAAACUGCCCGGAGAAUUCCCCUGGAGCGCCGACUUUGCUUAUAGCAAGGCUGAGGAUUUUACCGUCAUCAGAGCCCUUCAAAGCGCCUGGAAUAGGGACAAGAACGUGGAGGCUCUGCCCCAGGAUCCCUCACGCGUUUCCUUUGAAGCAGCAGGCCGUAUAUUUUGGCCAGAUGCAGGCCAUUACACCCAGGCUCGCUAA